AUGGACCGCCCUCAGGAUGUUUCGACGUCCACGGCUGCACAGUCUUCGUUGCUUUCGCGACGUCGCAAGACGACCCCUUCGCGCCCUCCAUCGUCCAAUUCUCCCACCGCUGAUAUCUCCUCCCCCGAAGUGAUAUCCUCGUUGAUAUCCUCCCUCUCGACUAUAUCAGUCCCCCUCCAAACUCACUUUGAAGACGUCCCGUAUUUCGACUCCGAUGCGGUUCCGCCUUCCCCGCUGCAAACCGAGUUCCCAACAACGUUUCCAACCACGCCACUCCACCCCCCGCCGAAUGAGUAUGGUUUUGGGAUGAGCUACGGGGCACAGAAGAUUCCCGGGGAGCCGCCGCAUAGUCCCUUCCUGCACCCAGAUGAUGCUGCUGUUGCGCCCGUCAUUCGCAUGGCCAGGGCGCCCCCAUCCCCGAAGCUGAAAAAUACUUUUGAUCCUUCUCCGUCUCCCACGAGACCUUCCUCGAGGGGCUCGUAUACAUCCUCCAAGGCUGCUUACGAAGAUUCCGCCUUUGGAAUGAUCACAGCGGAACCUGGCCCACGCGUGUCAACGGCGCCCAGCAUCGCGUCUUCGAGCUCGGGAGGCAGAAAAAGCAUCAAGAAUCAAUUUUCUUUGUUAAAGAAGUCAUCCCGUGAAUUUACUGGUACCGGUGACAGCGAGAAGCAAGCGGAUCGGUUGCGGAAGACGAACAGUUAUAACGAUAGCUUGAGAUACAAUAUCCCGCGCAGUAGAGCUAGCCUACGCUCUAUGCAGUCCAUGGCCGAUGUGGCCGAAGAAGAUCGCCUUGCUAUGGAACCUCACCAAGAAAAUGUUGUCAGCACACCGCCAAGUAAAGAGCGUCAUUCAUUACAAAGCAUAAGGGAUUCCCCAAGCAGUACUCCAGGUGGGAUUGGGAGUAACAAGGUUAUCCCUGCCCGCGAGUCGUCGCUGCGACAUAGUUUCUCUUCUAGCUCUAGAAGGCACAGAUCAGCUCGUCAUAGCCGGUAUUCGUCGACGGGUAGUAAGGAGAUGAAAGUGGACAGUGGGGUGUUUGGGACUGGCAAUGAAGCCGAGCAGGUUACAAAAAGGAUACAAGAGCUCAAGGACCAACAGCAAAAAAUAAAGACUGAAUUGGAAACCGAUAAUACUCCAGCCAGAUCCACGAGGGAAGCACCCGCCAAGCAAAGUCGACCCUCGCGAGCGCCAAGCGAAAUUACCGUGGACACCAUGUUUCAGGAAGAUGUGAAUCAUCGAGGUCCUAGUAUUGACGAGAGCGCACCAUCCCCAGCGGUCAUGACGGGGAAAAGUAGAACUGGAAUUCGAACUCCCAGUUCGCCAUUCGCAUCCAAACCCACCAGCCCACAGCAGCCGCUCUCGGCAAGGCAGUCGCUUGAUAGAGCAGACCAAAUUGAAAGGCUUCGUUCUAGGCGAUCAUUGGAGCCAACAAGUCCUGCGAGACAGCACAAACGAACACCAUCCUUCCCGGUCUCUACAGGCCGUGCUUCGGUUGUGGAUGACCGCCCUUCGAGUGCAGAUUCUAUUGAAAUUGCCGUCAUUGAUUAUGUAUCAUCCCCCAAACUUACCCAGUGCGUGUCGCAUCCUACGACUGGCCGUAUAAUAGCAUUUUCGGAGGUCGGAGACCCCAAGGGCCAUGUUGUCCUAUGUUGUUUGGGCAUGGGCCUUACGAGGUAUCUCAUGGCAUUCUACGAUGAGUUGGCGCGGACACUCAAUCUCAGGUUGAUCACGUUGGAUCGCCCUGGUGUUGGAGAGAGCGGGCCUUAUGUGGACGAAUCGGGGACACCUCUCAAUUGGCCUGAUGAUGUUGCGAUUGUGUGCAAUCACCUGAAAGUGACCAAGUUUUCGAUUCUCGCACACUCGGCUGGUGCGAUAUAUGCACUUGCAACUGCCCUGAGAAUCCCCCAGCAUAUCCGUGGCCGCAUUCACCUUUUGGCUCCAUGGAUUCCGCCGUCUCAACUCUCUAACAUAAGCUCACAGAAAGAACCCGUACCAACCAAUGCGGUUCCCUAUUCUCAAAGAAUUCUUCGUGCCUUGCCUACUUCCAUUUUGAAGGUCGCAAAUUCGAGUUUUAUGACUGCCACAAGUGCCAGUCUCACCUCUAGUUUACCCAAAUCGCCUCGACGAAGCAAACGCAGGGCCACUACAAAAGAUAUCUUUACCGAACCGGAAGCCUCUGAACAAGUCCAAUCAAAGUUAUACCAGCAAGGAGACGAUCUCAAGGCACUGGAAAAUUUAAAAACACCUUUUACCUCGGACGAACCAGCCACUAAUGUUGGAGUUGAGAAGAACAGAGCCUCUGUUGCCGCAAGUCAAGAUCCAGAACGCCAGACAGACUACGAUAACAGAUUGACUCACAGAAUCUGGGAGCUGGCGACAACGAACGCGAACCCGGCAGUGGACCUGCUGGUUUGCCUAGAACGUCGCCAACCAAUUGGAUUUCGUUAUGUGGAUAUCACCCGGGCCGUUGUGAUCCAUCAUGGAAGUAGAGAUACCCGUGUUCCUGUUGACAACAUUCGAUGGUUGGGAAAGACCAUGCGCCGUUGUGAAGUCCGAAUUCUCGAGGGCGAGGGCCAUGGUUUGAUGGCCUCGGCUGCCGUCAUGGGCAAUGUCCUGAUGGAGAUUGCCAAAGAAUGGGAGGACUGGAUGAUACUGGUCCAGGGAAAACGCAAGGCAACUGUUGGGGCACGAUCCGGUAUCGUGGCCUGA